AUGUUCAGCAGCGUUUCGGGUCGAAUCCAACAUGCGGACCGGGCCGAGGGCCUGGGCUCGACCCGGCAGGCGGUCCGGUACCAGAACCAGGACUUCUGGGCCCUGAGGGAGGAGUGCCUGCAGAACGGAACCGUCUUCCUGGACCCGCUCUUCCCGGCAGAACCCGGCUCGCUGGGCUUCAAGGAGCUGGGUCCACUCAGCGCCAAGACCCGGGGCGUGGAGUGGCGCCGGCCCACGGAGCUGUCGGCGGAGCCGCGGUUCAUUGUGGGCGGAGCCACCAGGACCGACAUCUGCCAGGGGGCGCUGGGCGACUGCUGGCUGUUGGCUGCUAUCGGCUCUCUGACUCUCAACCAGCAGCUGCUUCAUCGGGUGGUUCCUCAUGGCCAGGACUUCAGCCACCAGUACGCCGGCAUCUUCCACUUCCAGUUCUGGCAGUUUGGCGAGUGGGUGGACGUGGUGAUUGACGACCGGCUGCCGGUUAAAGACGGAGAGCUGCUGUUCGUCCAUUCGGCUGAGGGAAGCGAGUUCUGGAGCGCGCUGCUGGAGAAGGCCUACGCCAAGCUGAAUGGCUCGUAUGAGGCCUUGUCCGGCGGCAGCACCACUGAAGGCUUUGAGGACUUCACUGGAGGCGUGGCGGAGAUGUAUGAGCUGAACAAAGCUCCCAGAGAUCUCUACCGGAUCAUCGGCAAAGCUCUGGAGAGAGGAUCGCUGCUGGGAUGCUCCAUAGACAUCACCAGCGCUUUUGACAUGGAGGCCAUUACCUUCAAGAAGCUGGUGAAAGGCCACGCCUACUCAGUGACCGGUGUCAGACAGGUGGAGCACCGCGGGCGGCGGGAGCGUCUGAUCCGGAUCAGGAACCCCUGGGGUCAGGUGGAGUGGACUGGAGCCUGGAGCGACAGCUCUUCAGAGUGGAAUUCCAUUGAUUCUGCAGAAAAGGAUGAGAUGCUGUGUAAGAUGGAGGAUGGAGAGUUCUGGAUGUCCUUCCAGGAAUUUCUGCAUCAGUUCUCACGUCUGGAGAUUUGCAACCUGACUCCGGAUGCACUGAGUCAGGACGCCACCAGCUUCUGGACCACCGUGACGUACGAGGGCAGCUGGAGGAAAGGAAGCACAGCUGGAGGCUGCAGGAACCACCCCAACACCUUCUGGAUCAACCCUCAGUACAAGAUCACUCUUCUAGAGGAGGACGAUGACCCUGAGGACGACGAGGCCGCCUGCAGCGUCCUGGUGGCUCUGAUGCAGAAGGAUCGCCGCCAGUUCCGCCGCCAUGGCCAGGACAUGCACACCAUCGGCUUCGCCAUCUAUGAGAUUCCCAAGGAGUUCCGAGGUUCUGCAGGUGUCCACAUGAAGAAGGACUUCUUCCUGCGCCGCUCCUCCUGCGCUCGCUCUGAAAGCUUCAUCAACCUGCGGGAGGUGAGCUCCCGGUUCCGCCUCCCGCCCGGAGAGUACCUGAUCGUCCCGUCCACGUUUGAACCCUCGAAGGAGGCAGACUUCGUCCUCAGGGUUUUCACUGAGAAACAGUCUGAGACAGAGGACCUGGACGAUGUGCUGGUGGCAAACCUGGAUGAGGAGGAGGAAAUCUCUGAGCGUGACGUUGACGACUCCUUUAGGUCCUUGUUUGCUCAGCUGUCCGGAGACGACAUGGAGAUCUCGGUGCGGGAGCUCAGAACCGUCCUCAACAGGGUCGUCUCCAAACACAGAGACCUGCAGACGGAUGGAUUCAGCAUGGAGUCCUGCCGGGCCAUGGUCAGCCUUAUGGACAAAGACGGCAGCGCUCGGCUCGGUCUGCUGGAGUUUCAGAUCCUUUGGAACAAGAUUAGGAAGUGGCUGGGGAUCUUCAGAGAGUUUGAUCUGGAUAAGUCUGGCUGCAUGAACUCUUACGAGAUGCGUCUUGCGCUGGAAAACGGCGGGUUCAAACUGAACAACAAGCUGUAUCAGAUGUUGAUCGCUCGAUACGCCGACAGUGAGAUCAUCGACUUUGACAACUUCACUUGUUGCCUGGUCAAACUGGAGACCAUGUUCAGAAUCUUCCAGGGCCUGGACAGAGACGGGACUGGAACUGUGGAGAUGAACCUCAUGGAGUGGCUCUUUGUGACCAUGUGUGGCUGAAACCCAGAGCGCCCCCAAGAGGACAGACUGAGAAGCUGCUGCUGCUCCACUGAGAUACAAAACGUCCACAUUACAGAGUUACUACAUAAUCAUAAUAAUAAUAUAUAAUAAUUACAGGACAGCAAGGCUACAGUGUUGAGCCUCAGUCUGAUUCUAAGUGUAUUUAUUAUAUUAAUUCGUAUUUACCUGUUAAUUAUCAUAACCUUCACUAACAUGCAUGAUUCCACCCAGCUCAGUUUACCCAAGAGGACUCACCUGGUCAGGUGAGACGGCUCGUCCAUCAGUAUUCUCUGAUUGGAGAAUACUGCUGUUCAGCUGUCAUUCACUAUGAUCAGCUGCUUUCAUUUCAGAGCUUAUUUAACAAAAUGUUAGAAAUGGUUCAUCUAAGAAAGUUUCAAUCUCAAAUAGAGAACACAGAUUCAUUCAUUCAUUCAUUUCUACUGACAUGCAGCUGGGCUCCACCGGGUCGUCGAACCAGAACCACCAACAUCCUGCUGUUCCUGAGCUCUUCCUCCCUCCUGCUGUACCAGUUUGACCUGAUAGAGGGCGCUGUAGCUCCUCUGUAUUUAUGCCUGUAAGAACCUGCUCAGGGUUUAUUGAACUUUAAUAAAGUGAAGCAGAUCA